UGGCUGCGUCGGAGCGCUGCCCUCCGUCCCGGUCGCCCGUCUCUGAGCGCGUUCGUUUCCAAUAAAAAGAAAAAUCCAGCCGCGGAUCCGCCUCCAACCGCGUCCAAGCCCCUGCGGAACCCGGUACAUUUGUGCCGCUAACAUAGUUUGCUUCCCUCUUCGGUUUUAUUGACGCUGAGGAUGAAGAAGGAUUUGCAAGCAAAAGCGCCUUGAAGCCAACAUCAUUUGGAGAGAGCCCUGCAGCUCACCCGUUGGGUCUCGAAUUCCACCCUUUGCCCCUGCUGAAUCCGCUGCUCUGCCCUUUACUCUCCAGGGUAAAAAAACAAACAACAACAAAAACCCGAGGAAAAGAAUACCUUUGGCAGCAGGGCAGCUUUGUGUGGCCACCCCGGCGAGCUCCAAGUGUCCAGUUUCUGAAAAGAAGAAAAUCCUUUUGUCUUCAGCAGAUCAGUAGAAUUAUUUUGGAAGCGAGGAGAGUAUCAAGUGAUCUGUCCCACUGAAGAGGAGACUGAAGCCAUCUCUGAGUGGAAAUUUUGGACGUGCGGGAGGAAGGCUGUGUCCCCCCAUGUGCCAGAACCGCUCCUCCUUCCCAAGGAAGUCAAAGUGAAGGACGUAGGUCAAGGGCAGCUUUUACAUUCCACCCAAAAGGCACCACAGUUUGAGAUGAGGAAUUCAGAAGAACAAGCAGCUACGACAGUUUUACAACGCCUGCUGCAGGAGCAGCUCAGAUACGGAAACCCAAAUGACAACCGUAACCUUCUUGCCUUACACCAGCAAGCCACAGGAAAUGCCCCCCCCUUCAACAGCACUGGGAGUCCAGCAUCUCAGAACGAAGGGCUGAACUCCCAGGACCAUCAGCUCGUGACUCAUGCUGCCCGUCAGGAGCCCCAGGGCCAGGAAAUACAGGUGGACAACAGCAUCAUGGAGAAGCAGCUCUCCCCGCGACUCCAGAACAGCGAGGACCUCCCGACCUAUGAGGAAGCCAAAGUGCAGUCACAGUAUUUCAGGGGCCAGCCACAUGCUAGUGUCGGGGCAGCGUUUUAUGUAACGGGGGUGACCAACCAAAAAAUGAGGACUGAAGGGCGGCCCACAGUUCAGCGGGUGAGCCCAGGGAAGGUCCACCAGGAUGAAGGACUUAAGGACCUCAAGCAAGGACACGUCCGUUCCCUGAGCGAGAGGCUGAUGCAGCUGUCCUUGGCCACCAGUGGUGUCAAGGCGCACGCGCCCGUCACGAGCGCACCGCUCUCCCCUCUCUCUCCACUUUCUCCUCAGCAGUCGAGCGACCCUUAUAAAAAUUCUGGCUCCAGUGAGUUCUACAAGAACUCUGUGCAGCCGCCUUCCCAGCCCAGCAUGAAAGGGAUGGAGCAGAGGGGUCCUCCUCCGGAGUAUCCUUACAAAAAUGUGUCCACCCCAUCUAUGAACUGCAAACCUCAGGACUCGGGGCAUUUCUAUAGUGAUCAUCGCGUGAGCCAGCAGGGAAGAUCCGAUGGGCCUAUGAUGAGGUAUCAACAUCCCCCUGAGUAUGGGUCAGUCAGGCAGAACCCAGAUGUACAGCUGCAGUUACAACAGAGACCACCUCACCAUCACAGUCCAACUUCUUCCUUGACAUCUUUGGGAUCUUUGACCUUGCUUCAGUCUCCACCGCCAUCCAGGCUGUCCCCUUCCCAGCACCAGCAACCCCUGACUCCAAGCCAGGGAGAUCCUGGCAUUCUGCCACGGACCCAGCAGCCUUUCUUGUCAAACCAAGUCCAUCAGGGAGAUUUGUACCGACUAUGCCAGCCUUUCCUUGGCCCGCAGCAGCAGCAAGGCGAUUCCUAUUCAGUGAUGUCCCGGGCUCAGCAGAUACCUUCCCCAUAUCAGCAAAUGCAAGUAGAUCCUUUUGCCAUAGUUUCCAGGGCCCAGCAAAUGGUGGAAAUCCUGUCGGAAGAAAACCGAUCUCUACGACAGGAGCUGGAUGGGUGUUAUGAGAAGGUAGCCCGACUGCAGAAGCUGGAAACAGAAAUUCAGCAAGUUUCAGAGGCAUACAAAAACCUGGAGAAAUCAUCCUCUAAGCGGGAUGCCCUGGAGAAGGCCAUGAGAAACAAGCUGGAAGGAGAAAUUCGUAGGCUUCAUGAUUUCAACAGGGAUCUGAGAGAACGUAUGGAGACAGCCAACAAGCAGCUUGCGGAGAAGGAAUUUGAGGGGUCUGAAGACAAUCGGAAAACCAUCUCUCAACUCUUUGCACAAAACAAAGAAACACAGCGGGAAAAGGAGAAACUGGAAAUAGAACUGGCUGCUGCACGCUCCACCAAUGAAGACCAGCGAAGACACAUUGAGAUCCGAGACCAGGCCUUGAACAAUGCUCAGGCCAAGGUGGUGAAACUGGAGGAGGAGCUCAAAAAGAAGCAGGUCUAUGUUGAGAAAGUGGAGAAGAUGCAACAGGCCUUGGUUCAGCUGCAGGCAGCGUGUGAGAAACGGGAACAGCUGGAGCAUAGGCUGCGGACCCGGCUGGAGCGAGAGCUGGAAUCUCUCCGGAUGCAGCAGCGUCAGGGUACAUCUCAGGCUGCCAACGUCUCUGAGUACAAUGCCACAGCGCUUAUGGAACUCCUGCGCGAGAAGGAAGAAAGGAUUCUUGCUCUGGAAGCUGACAUGACCAAGUGGGAACAGAAGUACCUGGAGGAGAGUGUGAUGAGACAGUUUGCUUUAGAUGCAGCUGCAACUGUGGCUGCUCAGAGGGAUACGACAGUGAUCAGCCACUCACCUAACCCUAGCUAUGACACCUCGCUGGAAGCUCGCAUUCAGAAGGAGGAAGAAGAGAUCCUGCUUGCCAACAGGAGGUGUCUGGACAUGGAGGGAAGGAUCAAGACUCUGCACGCUCAGAUCAUAGAGAAGGAUGCCAUGAUCAAAGUCCUGCAGCAGCGUUCCCGGAAGGAGCCUGGUAAGACAGACCAGCUCUCCUCCAUGAGGCCUGCCAAGUCACUGAUGUCAAUCUCAAAUGCUGGCUCGGGCUUGCUGUCCCACUCAUCCACUCUGAGCAGCACUCCCAUCCUGGAAGAGAAGAGGGAGGACAAGAGCUGGAAAGGCAGCCUAGGUGUUCUGCUGGGAACAGAGUAUCGUUCCGAAUCCAUUCCCUCCACGCCCUCUCCUGUCCUUCCUUCCACCCCGUUGCUGUCAGCCCACUCUAAAACAGGCAGCCGGGACUGCAGCACCCAGACUGACCGAGGGAACGAGCAAAGCAAAGCUGCACCUUCCCCUGGAGCCCCCACACCAGCACGGCUCCCCACUGCCAGCCUGCCCUAUAGUGCUGACAAAACAGAUGGGCCACUCUUCCACUCCAGUACUCUCGAAAGAAAAGCCCCUGUUCAAACCAUGGGGCAGGACCUCCCAGAUGGAGAGAUGGUAGAAUACCUCAUCUGAAAGCCCGUACCGGAUCUGAACUCGGAUUCAAUAGCAAGAAUUUUUUUAAAAGACAAUUUUAUUGGGAAAAAAUUGUAGUACCUGAGUAAUAAAAGAACACUCAGUUGUU